UUCGAUUUCUUUUGAGUUUUAACCUUCUCCUCCCCUCUCUCUGGCCUCUGCUCUUUCUCCUCCUCUCCCCGAUAAAACCCCACCCUCGCGGAGUGCCGGUGCUCUUCCUCCUCCUCCUCGAUCGUCCACGCCCUCGUCGUCGUCAUCCGCCAUUAACGAGGCCCGGAGGAGGAGGAGGAGGAGGAGGAGGGGGAGGAGGUAAAGAUGCCGCAGGUGCGGAUCGUCCCGAAGAACUUCAUGGACUUGGUGGCGGCGCUCCCCGCCGCCAAGCUCGACAAGCUUUACGACAGCGUCUUCAUCUGCGAAGCCGUUCUCAGAUCCUUGCCACCUUUGGCUAAGAAGUAUGUUUUGCAAAUGCUGUUUAUUGACUUUCCUGUAACGGCAAAGUCGAUGGAAGAAUGGGUGCUCGCAGAUGGAUUAUCCAAGCACAAAGUGGCGAUUGAUAGGUUGCUUCAGCUUCGAGUUAUUCACGAAGUAAGCGAGAGGAAAAAGGAGACUAGUUAUAGGAUGAACCCAAAGUUUCAGAAGAAUUUGCAGCAGUACUUGACGCAUGGUGGAACUCUACCAAGAGAGCCAAUGCCUCCAAAUGUCACUGUGAGGUUGCCUACGCUGGAGGAUCUAGAGGUCUAUGCACAUCAACAAUGGGAGUGCUUCUUGCUACAACUUAUAAACUCAUCUCAAGCAGAAAGGUUGACAAGCUUCAGCUCAUCCACGAUGAGAGUGUUCCAGCGAGGCCUUUUGAGUUCAAGGGAAAAUGAGGCUCCCAAGUUAACCGAGAAUGGCUUCCAGUUCCUUCUCAUGGACACCAAUGCGCAACUUUGGUACAUAAUAAGAGAAUAUAUCUCAACAUCAGAGGAUCGUGGAGUGGACCCGACAGAUUUGAUAUCAUUUUUACUCGAGCUUAGUUUUCAUACUUUGGGAGAGGCUUAUAACUUGAAUACCCUCACGGAUGUUCAAAGAAAUGCUAUCAAGGACCUUGCUGACUUGGGAUUGGUCAAACUUCAGCAGGGAAGAAAGGAAAGUUGGUUCAUACCUACUAAAUUGGCUACGAAUCUUUCUGUGAGCUUAACAGAUUCGUCGUCACGCAAGGAGGGAUUUGUGGUAGUUGAAACAAACUUCAGAAUGUAUGCUUACUCUACAUCUAGGUUACACUCUGAGAUUUUACGCCUCUUUUCAAGGAUCGAAUAUCAGCUUCCAAAUCUCAUAGUUGGAGCUAUCACUAAAGAAAGCUUAUAUAAUGCUUUUGAAAAUGGUAUUACUGCAGAACAGAUAGUCUCAUUCCUUCAGCAGAAUGCUCAUCCUAGAGUUGCAGAAAAAAUACCUACAGUUCCAGAGAAUGUUACUGAUCAGAUAAGGUUAUGGGAGACAGAUCGAAAUAGAGUUGAGAUGAUCCCAUCCCAUCUCUAUGAAGAUUUUCCUUCAAAGGAUCUCUUUGAAGCAUGUUGUGAUUUUGCAAGAGAAUAUAACUGUUUGCUGUGGGAGGACUCGAAGAAGAUGAGGCUUAUAGUCCGAGGAGAAUUCCACCAGCAAAUGCGGGACUUCCUCCGUCGUCCGAAACAGUAGACCAGUCAGUUUUCUUCUUUGUCAGUUUAAAUGAAGCUUUUCCUGAGAAGAAAGAAAUACAUCUAGCUCAGGAAGCCAGUUUACCUCUGAAGCCCUCGGAAGAAUUUGCAAAGUUGAAGUUGCAGAGCCGCUUUCUGCAAACUUCACCACCAAAGUUUUGGAUGAUGUUGCAACGUGCUCACGGAACAUAACAACGAAAGGUUUGCAUCAGAUAUGUAGUUAAGUUAGGCAAAUGAGGUAUUCACUGCAACAAAAAUUCCGAUUGUUUAUUCCGCCUAUAUAAUGAUGCCAAUAGGCGGUCGGAAAAGUAAAAUAUUGUGUAAUCUUCUGUUGUAUUCUAUGAUUUGUUCUGCAUAAGUCUUCAGGACAAUUUGGUAAUUGGAGUAGGAGAAUGUGUGUUUUUAGUAAUCUACUCUGUUUUGACCUAUUGUCAAGUUGUCAUAUGAUAAUUUACAUUACAAUGAUUUAUUGAUUUAUGUUGCAAAAUA